CCAACAUACUUGUGGAAACAUUCUGCACCAACACAGAUAUAUUUAUGCACUACGGCUACGACUUGAAACUCGACUCUUCGUUGAAAAGGGCGCUGUUCCAAGAUAUCAGUUAUCUCUCCGUGAUUUGUCGAGGAUCAUAGUGCACUCUGGGAUGGCACGUCUAAGCGACACGCCUGUUUCCGUCGCUUAGGUGGUCUCUGAGACAAAGCACAAGGCACGCUCGCAAUAUCCGCAGUUAUGUCAAGGAUGACAAUGCGCGUGGUUUCUUUGCUCAUCCUGGGAGCAGGAUUUGCAACGCUCGUAUCGGGAUUGGACAACGGACUCGCUUUAACGCCUCCUAUGGGGUGGUUGUCUUGGGAACGCUUCCUCUGCAACGUGGAUUGCAAGAAGGAUCCGGACAACUGCAUUAGCGAACGACUGUACAAAACGAUGGCUGGUAUUCUGAAUUCAGAGGGUUACCUAGCCGCUGGUUAUGAGUACGUCAACAUUGACGACUGUUGGAUGUCUGACAAACGUGAUGUGGACGGCCGCCUGCAACCGAAUGCAACGAGAUUUCCAAGUGGCAUCAAGAGUCUCGCGGACUACGUGCACCAAAAUGGACUGAAACUGGGCAUAUACCAGGACUGUGGUACAAAGACGUGCGGUGGAUAUCCUGGCAGCUUAGGAUAUUACCACAUAGACGCGGAGACAUUUGCUAGUUGGGAAGUAGACAUGCUGAAAUUAGAUGGGUGUUAUGCUGUUCCUGCCCUUAUGGAUGUGCUGUAUCCCAGAGUGACACGGGCCCUGAAUAGCACUGGAAGAGAAAUUCUAUUUUCCUGCAGUUGGCCAGCGUACCAAGUCGACGAAGGAAAAAAGCCAGACUACCCGAGCAUAGCGAAGAAUUGCAACAUGUGGCGCAACUACAACGACAUCGCAGACUCGUGGGCCAGUGUAACCUCCAUUAUCGACUACUAUGCCUCCGUUCAGGAUGACCUGGUCGCAGUGUCUGGCCCUGGACGCUGGAGUGACCCUGACAUGCUGAUGAUCGGUAACUACGGGCUAAGUCUGGAUCAGAGCAAGGCGCAAAUGGCGAUCUGGGCUAUACUGGCUGCUCCUCUCUUUAUGUCGACGGAUCUGAGGACAAUACGUAAAGAGCACAAGGAGAUCCUGACAAACGGAAGAGUGAUCGCCAUCAAUCAAGAUCGUCUUGGUCGCAUGGGAUACAGAGUGUACAACGAUAAAUGGACGUCUGCUACCACGGAGAACUGGACGGACACAACCAGUCACGGUAUGUCAGCCAAGAAGGAAACCCAGAAAGAUAAAUCACCACUGAACAUUACCACAAGACAUGGCGAGCAGACGACACUUCCGUGUCGUCUGCAUCCACCAGACGCCCGCGUAACUGCUGUUCGAUGGUCCCGGAUGGAGCAGAGCAAGCAUCGGCAAGAUUUCUACGUCAUCGACGGGAGGACGAAAGGUGGCGACCUCUGGAAGGCGGAGCACAAGGUCAGCCCUGAGUGGGCGCUCAGGUCGCACUUCUCGCUUUAUAGCCAUCCGGCGCUUUUGAAGAUUGGAAGAAUUUAUGUGGAAGAUACGGGGACUUACACCUGUAGUGUUGUUUACGAGGAUGGACAGGAAGUCACACGGACAGUGAAUCUCAGCGUUAUAGAUCCUCCGAGUGCCCCCGUCAUUUUGGACGCUCAAGGAACCGUCUUGAACGGCAUAGCUGGACCCUACGACGAAGGUCGACCACUGACCUUGAACUGCGAGGUUAGUGGAGGUAAACCACCACCGCAGCUACUGUGGGCCGGUAGUGGUUUCGACUUCGCCAGUCCAACGCCUAGGACGAUGCGCGUGGACGAUGUGACCAGAAGCGUCAUACACAUCGAGUCCGUUGACCGGAACAUGCUUUUGAAGACAUUCACCUGCUCCGUGCUUUUUACACCAACGCCACUAAACGUUUCUAUAUCCCUGGACAUCAAUCUUCUGCCGCUGUCAUCUCAGCUGUGGAAUCGUGAGAAUUUCUCAAUAGCUGGCGUGCCCUCUGAAUUCUACUGCCGAGUCGUGGGAUCCAGACCCGCCAUGAAGUUCACGUGGUGGCUCGGGUCCGAACAGUUAGACCCUUUCUACUACGAAGAAUCCGAAGAAGGCAAUCUCACGUUCACCGUGGUCAUCGUAGCUUUGUCUUCUGCAAACCACGGAGAAAUGCUCCGCUGCAAUGCUGCCCAUCCCAACAUGGUGGAUGUGGUACUGGAAUCAACGUUGAGGCUUAACGUUCACUACCCUCCAACGGUGGAGCUACGCCUCGGAAAAGGACUCCAAGUGCCCGUGAUAUUGGAAGAGAGAGACGCGUACUUUGAGUGCAAUGUCAAUGCUAACCCUGCACCGGAUGUGAUCGAGUGGUUCCACGACGGCGCACCGUUAGAACCCAGUGGUAAAGAUGGCACAGUGUUGUCUGGUCCUUACCUCAUCCUACAAAACGUGAAGCCUUCGGCGGUCGGCAAUUAUUCGUGUUCUGCAGUGAAUGCAGUUGGCAGGGGCGAUAGCAACUUCAUAUACCUCACCGUUCAGUACGCACCCAGAUGCUCUCACAUCUCUGCGUCGUACAACGACAACGUGACUAUAACGUGUGAAGUCACAUCUGUGCCACACGAGGUGGAGUUCUUUUGGACUGCUCGCAACCGAUCCGGAGAAUUUCCUCUGUCGUCUGCAAGCCCCAUCUCGAACAGAGGUGCGUCCAGCGUACUUCAUCUUGUUGAGAAUGAAGGUCAGAACGACGAAGACAGGACCCUGUACUGCAGAGCCAAGAACGCAGUUGGACUGCAAAGAAGGCCUUGCGUCCUGAGAACUAUGUCUGGAGGCCAACCACACGCACUUCGUGACUGCAGCGUCAGCAACCAAUCGGACGAUAGAAUUUACGUGGCGUGCGCACAUCCCUCACCACGUGCUGGUGAACUCUUCACUCUGGAAGUGUACAGCGGUGAGAAACUCACCCUGAACAUCACUCGACCGAGGCCCACCUUUUGGAUACCUAGCUUAGAGCCUGGCUCGAAGAGCCUUCUCCUGCUCUCUGUUCUCACCAGCAACGGGAAGAGCUCGCCCUUCAAGCUUACCGUCCAUACCGACCCACUUUCUGCACCUCUAGCGUCUUCAGUUAAAAUCACCAACGAUGCCUGGCUGAUACUAGGAACCCUACUGCAGGUCAUAUUACCAUUAGCUGUCUUGGACUCUUGUUGUCAGUGGCACAGCUGACAGCAUUACAGGGCAAUACGGGACAAUAACAAGCACCACCUUCACCUGUGAAUAAGUGUCAUUCGCACCUGCACAUUGGUUGGGCUAUGAAUGUCAUCGUCACGCACUGUAUAAUGCAUUUGCUCAGCGAUGGACUGAGAGGACGAAAAAACUGUCGUGAUCCUCAGAGGCUAACAGCGUAUUGCUUCAAGACACACGUGUGUCUUGAAAACAAUCAACCUAGCCGACAGUAUCCUUGUCGGAGUUUGAGGAUGUGCGCCGUACAGCCGGAAUGCCUUACGUGAGGUCUGGAAGAAAUAAAUGCGGAUCUGUUCGUUUUAUUUUUA